AUGACUACUUCAAGCUCCAUUCCAUAUGAUUAUCAACAAGCCAAUCCAUUGCUGUACACAUUUCGUGAUUAUCAUACGGGAAUUCAACCGUAUUUUAUUUUACCAGUACAAUUUUUAAUCUUCGACUUGACAUUACGCUUCUGGGAUAGAUUUAUGUAUGGCACCUGGUUAUUACCAAGCGAGUUCAUUGAAGUCAGCGCUGAUGAAAAGGUUGGAAUACCACCCUCGCCAGGACCGUUGCUAUCACCAUUACCUUCACCGCGAGUUCGAGUGAUAUUUUUUCCACAGCGACAAAACAUCUUUAGUCUUUCCACGAUCUUCUUUGCUCAAGACUAUAAAAAGCUUUCAGUCAAAACAAAGAAAGCGAAACAUAUUCCAAUCUUUGAUUUAUACGACCUACUAGUCUCUGUCACACCUUUACUCGCUCAUGCUAUUUGGUAUUGUAUUAUUCAAUCGAAUUGUAUGUCAGGUGAAAAUGCAACAACAUGGAAUUGUUAUAAUCUCUUUGGCUAUCGCAUUUAUAAUUAUAUAUUUAGUCCAUUCGCUGUGUUCAGUUUUAACUUUCUUUCGAAGUUAAUUUUAGCGAUACAGAAACGAAGACAGAAAGUUUCACUAUUUCAACGAAAACAGAAAUGGAGAAGAAUUGCAGUUAUGAUUAUUUUCUUUAUAACUUUAACUUUGUCGAUACUCACAUUUCUUUUCGUGGGAGCAUUAGUUCUUCCGUUUUUCUUUACAAAUACUUUACCAAUGGUGAUUAUUUAUGCAUUCAUAGCGAUGACUUAUCUGUACAUUCUCAUAGCUAUCAACAUUUUCCUGAAGUUUUACACGGUUGUCACCGGAAAGGCGUUUUCUCUCGGAGAUGAGAAUCUCAAUUGGAUUAAAAGGCAAAUGAAAAAACUUCACAAUCAUCGACCAUUAGUUAUGCAAGCUGGCGUUCGCUUAUUUCCAUAUCUACUCUCGAUUUUAUUUAAUUUGUCUCAAUUUUUAUACUAUGGAUCAGAUUACCUGGGUGCGAUGAGUCGCGAAGCGCAAAAGAGAGAUCCAACUGCUUAUUUCGGUCGAGUGCAAAAUUCAUCGCAAAUUGCACAUACAAUUUUAAGUUCAACAUGA